UCGAUCACGUGGAGAGCAGUGUUGACAAAGGCUCCUCCCACACCAGUAGUGCAACUCAUUGGCUGUGGCUCGGUGAAGAUCACGUAUAAAUCGAUAUCAACAUUUUUGAGAAGUUGGUGUCAGACAAACAAAAUGUUGUCAGCCCAGGCGGACAGAGUGAUGGCCCUGGGAGAGUGGGAGGAACGGUGGAGGGAAGACCAAACAGGCUGGCACCGGCCCCACGUAAACAAGAUGCUGGAGAGUAAUAUUGAGAAAGUUCUCGACGGACGGAAGGGAGUUAAGUUCUUCUUCCCUCUAUGUGGGAAAGCUCUGGACAUGAAAUGGCUGGCUGAUAUGGGCCAUUCUGUUGUAGGGGUGGAGAUUGCAGAGAAGGCCAUCAAGCAGUUCUUUGAGGAGAGUAACAUGACUUACAGUGAAGAGACCGUUUCUGCAUUACCUGGAGCCAAGGUUUACAAGAGCUCAGAGAGAAAUAUCUCCUUGUACCAAUGUGAUCUAUACAAUUUCUCCAGUGCCAUUGAGGGUCAGUUUGGAGGGAUUUGGGACAGAGGCUCCUUGGUGGCCAUCAACCCACGGGACAGACAGAAGUACGCGGCUCUGAUCACGUCGUUAAUGGACAAGGACUGCCGAUACCUCUUGGACACUUUGCUCUACAACCCGGAAGUGUACAAAGGUCCUCCUUUUUUUGUGCCCGACGAGCAAGUGCAAAGUCUAUUUGGGAAGAGCUGUGAUAUAGAGUUGCUGCAGUCACUGGAUGCCCUCACAGACAGAGAGAAGGCUCGGGGUAUGGACUUCUUCACAGAAAGAGUGCAUCUCAUCACUCUAAAGACCAACUGAGGAACCAGUGAUGACUCUUAUUUAGGUUUCAAAUAUGGACAUAAUGAAGAAAAUACUCUCAGUGGCUUGUCUUCAGCUUUUUAGUGGCAUGAUGUGACUUGAAUUGGGUGAAUCGUUUUUACUUAUGAUGGAAUGAAGAAAUGUCAAUAAAUACAUUUUUUAAAUAUAAAUAAACCCAUGUUCUUUACACAUUAGUAAACACAGUAUUGUAAAAGUCAUACAUUUACAGACUUGUAACAUAAAUGAUCGAGGAUUUCGUUUUUGUUUAGGGGAAAAAUAAAUGUAAAAAUAGUU